GUUUGGGAAUACCGGGAGUCCGGGCAGUCAGUUGCUCGGGGGCGGCUGAUGGUCGGCAGACAGUGUCACAGCUUCACCUUAAAAGGACGAGUUGCAGAUUAAAACUGGAAUCUUCUCUGUUUUUGGGCAAAAUGCCUCUUUUUGGAAAUACAUUCAGUCCGAAGAAAACUCCACCUAGGAAAUCUGCCUCCCUCUCCAACCUGCAUUCGCUGGACAGAACUACCAAAGAAGUAGAGUUGGGCUUAGAUUAUGGAUUGCCAAGUAUUAACAUUGCGGGUCAAAGUUUAAAAUUUGAAAAUGGACAGUGGAUUACAGAAUCUGGUGGAACUGGGUCACAGAAGGAAAUACAGCGGUUGCGCAAGAGAAACCUGCAACUGGAGGAAGAGAAUAAUUUGUUGCGUCUGAAAGUGGACAUCUUGCUUGAUAUGUUGUCUGAGACAACAGCUGAAUCUCACUUAAAGGAGAGAGAACUUGAAGAGUUGAAGAAUCUGAGUGCAAGAAGGAAAUAGUCUUUGUUUUUGAAAAAGAUGAAAUUUUGAAGGGGCCCUUAUCCAUGACUAAUUGCAUUGUUUUGUAAGAUGUCUCCUUCCCAACAAUUCUUCUGCAUCACACCCACUUCUAGACACACGCCUUAGUAGAGCAAUUUUGUAUUUGACAAACACAAAAAUCACCAACAUUAUAUUUCAUUAAUUGUGCAAAAUUCUAAAGGAUAUGUACAUUGCUGUAUGCUAUGCUACCAUACAUAUGUGUCUGAGUGUGGAUUAGAAUGCAUAUGAUUCGGACGAUCCAAUCCAAAAAUUUUUUUGCACAAG